CUUGUGCCUCCCUGUAGUACAGCUCAGGCUCUCAAUACCAAAAUUUCAAAGCUCCGGUUCCCGAUCAAAUCCUGAUGGGACACUUGCAGUAAACAGGUUAACUCUUUCGCGACGCGACCAACUAUUGUGAGGCGACAGCUUCCGCCAUGUUCCUGAAAUCAUCAUGUCAAAAUCCUGGACGUCAACCCUGAGGCUUCCCAAGUCCACUUUCCCACCAAGACCCGCACUCCAAUCGAGGGACCAGUAUAUCAAACGAUCCGCCGACGAGUUUUAUGAAUGGCAGAAGAGCAACCGACCCGGCAACGACACUUUUGUUCUACACGAUGGCCCGCCAUACGCCAAUGGCAACCUGCAUGUCGGCCAUGCGCUCAACAAGAUCCUCAAGGACAUGAUUCUGCGCACCAAAGUCCAGCAAGGACGCCGCGUCGACUACGUGCCGGGAUGGGAUUGCCACGGCCUGCCCAUCGAGCUCAAGGCUCUGGGUAGAUCUGAGGACGGCGGCAAGAGCCUCACUCCUGUCGAGAUCCGCAAGUCUGCCAGGAACUUGGCGAGCAAUACCGUCCUGAAACAGAUGAAGAGCUUUCGAAGUUUUGGUGUCAUGGCCGACUGGGAUCGCAGGUGGACGACCAUGGAUGCUGCAUAUGAGAUGAGACAGCUCAGACUGUUCCAAAACAUGGUCAGCAAGGGCCUCAUAUACAGAAGGUACAAGCCUGUGUACUGGUCGCCGUCUUCCAAGACUGCCCUGGCCGAGGCCGAGCUUGAGUACCAAGACGACCACGUAUCCACAUCUGCGUGGGUCAGGUUCGCCCUCGACGAACCCUGGAGACAGGUUCAGGAGCUAAAGGAGGCUGCUGGGCAUGUCAAGGGCAAGCUGUAUGCCAUAAUUUGGACAACGACUCCGUGGACAUUGCCUGCCAAUCAGGCCAUCGCCAUCCACGAAGAGAUGUACUAUUCUGUUGUUGUCGACGGCGAAGAUGGGUACAUAGUAGCCCGGCCUCGCUUGGAUCGAACUGCGGAGAUGCUGUCCGAGAACGCCAGUCCGGUCACAUCUAUCAUCUCGGGAAAACACUUCAAGGGUCUCCAAUAUCGUCAUCCGCUCAAAGGCGCAGCAGCACCGCUACAGCCAAUCAUACAUGCGGAUUUCGUGACGGCAGACUCGGGUUCUGGUCUCGUACAUCUGGCACCAGGUCACGGUUUUGACGAUUACGAAGUAUGCCGCACCUUGGGAUUGCCAGUUACGGCGCCUAUCAACGACGAGGGAAAGUUCACCGCAGAUGCACUGCCGGAAAAUCCAGAAGCUGUGGCUUCGGCGCCAUCCAUAAAUGAAGGUGGUAGCCAGUCAAUCAUUGAUUUACUGGGAAAUGACGUUUUGCAUGUCGAGAAAUAUAAGCACAAGUACCCAUACGACUGGCGGACGAAAAAACCUGUUGUCAUCAGGGCCACAGAGCAAUGGUUUGCCGAUGUGUCGCAUAUUAGAGAUGAUGCGCUACAGGCUUUGGAAAACGUUCGCUUCUUUCCUGAGGUCGGCAAAAAGCGACUCGAAAGCUUCGUCAAGGGUCGUAGCGAGUGGUGUAUAUCGAGACAACGUGCAUGGGGUGUCCCAAUCCCAGCUCUGUACGACGAGGACGGAGUAGCUGUCGUCAGCGAGAAAACCGUAGACCACAUUCUGUCUGUCAUGCAAGAGCGUGGCACGAGUGCUUGGUGGUCCGACGCAUCAGACGAUCCAGCGUGGAUCCCCUCCGGACUGCCUGGAAAGUACAGGCGAGGUACUGAUACAAUGGACGUAUGGUUCGACAGCGGUAGCAGCUGGAGUAUGAUGCCUAGCCAGGCUGAUGUCUAUCUAGAGGGCUCUGAUCAACAUCGUGGUUGGUUUCAAUCGAGUCUGUUGACACGUAUCGCUGCAGGUGCAGUCGAGACAAGUGAUUUUGUCAAAGGAGCUCCGUUCAAACAACUCAUCACCCAUGGUUUCACCCUAGAUGGAGAGGGCAAGAAGAUGUCUAAGUCACUUGGUAAUAUUAUUGAGCCCCAACAAGUCAUGGACGGCACUCUCCUGCCACCUGUCAAGCAGAAGGGUAAAGCUGCUCAGGGUCCACCUACAUAUGAUGCCCUGGGAUCUGACGCCUUGCGACUGUGGGCAGCAAGCAGCGAUUACACCAAGGAUGUUGCUAUUAGUGAAACAGUAUUGAAAGCUAUACACACUGCGUUGAUCAAGUAUCGAACCAUCACCAAAAUGCUGCUAGGAUCGAUGCACGAGUCUGCUCGCUCAGCGCCACUGAUCACCGCAGAUCACAUCGCACUCAUUCAUCUGCAGGAUACUAUGAAAGAGGUUGGUAAGGCUUUCGGUAACCAUGAGUUCUAUAGAGGUUUCAAUGCGCUGAAUCGAUGGGUCACGAACGAUCUGUCGGCCUUCUAUGUCGAGGCGUCAAAAGACAGACUGUACUGCGGAGACGGCGGCGGUGUCCUGGAGCCUAUCUUUAAUGGUUUCAUGAGAAUGCUUGCACCGAUGACCCCGUCACUCGUCAUCGAGGCGUGGGAUAAUCGCCCUGAGUGGAUGAAGAACGACCGAAACAUGGUUCAUCCACUUCACCAGCUUUACGACGAUCCUGUUGUCCCACAAGAUCGCAUUACUCAGGAUCUGAUAGUACUUCGCAAAGAUAUACCCACUCUGAUGGUAGUCCAUGCCGCCAUCAAGACAGGUCUGGAGAAAGCCCGAACAGACAAAGUUGUGGGUUCGUCUUUGCAGAGCUCUGUGAUAGUGUCGACUUCAGAUGCAAGCAUCGUUGCUACGCUGGAGAAGUACGCAGAGGAACUUGCGAACAUGUUCGUCGUCUCAUCUUUCGAGAUUAAUACCGAGGACGCCAGUUCUACGUAUCCAGAUUGGGACAAGUACACGCAGGAGCUUGAAGCCCACGGAGGCAGUGGUAAGGGCAUUGUCAUGAUCCGUCCACCCAAGGAGGCCAAGUGUUCCCGUUGCUGGCGCUAUAUUGCGCCAGCUGAAGAUGAGCUUUGCGGUCGGUGCGAGGACGCUGUAGAGAGUCCACUAUAGAGAAGGGUUUGAUUGUAAGAUUUAGGCAGUGGUUUAGCAAUUGUAUAAAAUGUACGACGGCUGUAAAUAGAGGUCGCUAGGCACAAAUUUUAUGUACAUUAUCUCGAAAUAUCACCGCACACAAAUAACUAGAGUGGUGACGUUCACACUAUCAGACUAUCAGAGCCGGGUCAACCCUUACGAGAUGGAAAUCUGGGGUAUUUAGUUUUGCCAAGUCUGAAUAUGUAUGGUACAGGCAACUGUUGCCAUCCCCCCUCCCAGAUGAUGAUAAAGCCGAAUGCUCAUGCAAUUUACCA